AACUCUCUCUCUCAACCCAGAAAUUCCAGAUCUGCUCUGUUCUUCCUCCCCUACUGCCGGUUCCAGCUUGGUGAGGGUGGGGAUUUUUCCAGUUUUCUGAUUUCUUGAUUUCUCCCCAAAUUGCCGCCGGCCUUCCCUUAGCUUGCAGCUCCGGUUUUUUCUUGCAAAAUUCUGAAAAUUAGUUAAUUAGUUGCUGUGAGAUUUUGGAGAAAAUCUCGUGAGAUUAGCUAUGGUUUUGCCAAUUUUUGGAAGUGGCAGUACUGUUCAUUGCGUGAUUACUGUUCACAGUAGUGCGGUAUUCAUUCUGGAUAUUUUGAUUAGGUUUCUGAUCGUUCUGUCAGUUUAGCACUUGGAUUGAAUCCUCGGUUUUAUGCGAGUAAGGUAAAUAAAUUAUGGUAAUGCGCUUCGAUUUUUAAAAGCAUGUUUUGACUUGUUUUUGAAAUGGUGGUGGGACUAAACCCUUUUUUUGCAAAAGUAAGUAUGACUGAUUUGAAGUGAAAUUUUUAUGCCUUGCAUUAAAUUGAGCAUGCCUACUUGAAAUUUAAUUGAUUGUCCUGAUGAUUUGAAAGUGAUUGGUGAAUUAUGAUUUUUCUGUUAACUUCUGCCUGUUUUGUCUCCGAUGUGGUCAUGUUAUUAGUGACCCUGCUAGUGGGGGUUAAACGCUAGCACAUGUCGACAUGUUAUUGAUAGAACCGGUUCGUACGAGUAACCCUGCUAGUGGGGAUUAUACACCAGCAAAUAGUGUAGCCUGCUAGUGGGAGGUUUAUAACACUGGCCAUGACCUAUAGAGGAGACGUCUAUUUCAUUCCCGCACUGUAACCAUUUUUCGUGAUUACACUUGUUGGCAUGCUAUAAGUUUAAUUAAGGGCACUCCAUAUUUUACUUACUGAGUUUAUCUCAUAGUUUUUCCUUGCCCACCAUUUCAGAAAGCGAAACCGAGGAUGGGGAAACUACGGGAAAUGACGAAUUAGAAGGCUAGCCAUUUCAAGAUUGAUAUAGAUUUUAGAAAUAAAUCAUGCUUUUGUAAGAUAGAUUUUACCUUGAGAUUUUGAGCUUAAGUGUUGGACAUAGAAUUAAUUUGAAAUAUAUUAUUUAAGUUAUUGGAUUGUCAGAUGUGAAUUGGAUAAGUUCCGAGCCUUGUGCAUUUGUGGGACCCUCUCACGAGUGCAUGGCAUCUAUCGCGUCCCCAGCUUUGGGUUCU